AUGGAGAUGAUCCGGAAGCUACACCCAAUACUCGCAAACCGGCACCUCGAUACACGCAUCAAAUUGACGGUUUUGAAGAGCGUUAUCGUACCGCCGCGAGAGUACGCCGGAGAAGUAUGGGAAGGAAAUAUCAAGGGAGUGAAAGAACUCGAGGUGGCGCAGUUGAAACCAGCGAAAAUCAUUCUAGGAUGCUCCAAGCGCACAAGUAAUGCAGCCGUCNGAGAGUACGCCGGAGAAGGCAGGAUCCAAUCCCUACGGUCGGGAAGAGACGCGAGGAAGCUGACAUGGCAGUAUCGCAUGUGCGGGAUGGGAGAGGAGAGGUUGCCGAGAAUUGUAUGGGAGGCGAAGUGGGCAAACAAAAAGAGGGGUAGACAACCCACGGAAUGGGUCAAGGUUGUAGAGGACGUAUGGAAGGGGCUCGACAUCGACGAAGAUGAAACGCUGGAAACGGAGGGUCUACAGGGGUUCAAGGAGAAGAUAUCUGUUGCUUGUGCCGAGAGAGAAGAACAGAAUCUGAGGAAAGAAUCCAAGGAUAAGGAGGGUCUAGAAGUGUACGGAAUGUCGAAGGAAGGAGUAGGGUUCAAGGAGUACCUACAUGGACCAAUGGAUGCAGGAACAAAGCUUAAGGUCAAAUUCAGGACCGGGGACAUAGGCCUUCGAGAACGUCGACGAAGACAUAGGACGGUAGACGAGGAAGACGACGAGUUCAAAUGUGAUUGCGGCUUCGAAUGCGAAGACCGU